AUGCGAUCAACAAGUUGUGUAUCAUGUCGAAUAUUCGCUUGUAGAACACAUUCAACACCAUCGACCCAAAGUGCAUCGUCACAACAAUGUGCGGAAAUGCGUACUCAUCGAGAAACGAUUCUCGAAGCAUUACUCGAAGGUGAACAACGUUAUAUCAAUGAAUUGGAAGAUUUCGUUCAGAAAACUAUCCAGCCAUUGGCACAUGCACUUUCAACAUCGGGACAAAUCCCACAUCUCCAUCUCGAUGUUCACAUGCUGGAUGAAUUAACAAAAUUUCAUCGCCAUCUGCUGCAUGUUCUACGCGACAACUCAAAAUCACAACAUCGUGUUGGUGGAAUAUUUCUUCAAUUAGCACCGAGUCUGAAAUCAAUUUUUGAAAUAUAUUGCUACCAACAUGCUAAAGUUCUCUUUCUACUCAAUCAUAAUAAAGAACGAAUCUACAAUGUGCUAGCUAAAAUUGAUUCAUCAAUGGAUGCUAAUCAUUCAUAUAUACAAUUAAUUAAAAACCUUUCAUUACCAUUGAGUCGCUUGGAGAAAUACGCCAAUCUACUUAAAGAGUAUUUGCAUAAUCUUGAAGAAUUUCAUAUUGAUCGAGGCGAUGCACAACGAGCAGCAGAAUAUUAUGCUGAAUUAGCUUGUCUCGGUGCUGAAUGGCGUAAACGUAAAGAAUGGGAACUUGAUAUCAUUCAUAGUACGAUACAUGGACUCGGUUUGGAAUCUUUAAGUUCAUAUGGUGAUGCAAUUUGUCUUUGUCCUGUUAAUAUCCUCUCGGAAAAUCUUGGGCAAAUAGCAUUGGAGCGUAUAGCGAUAUUGUAUCCAUCAACACUCUUCCUGCUCUCGACUACGACGUCGUCGAAUGCACAACAAGAAUAUCAAGUCGAGAAUCGAUUUUUAUUGAAUCAAAUCACUGUCAGUAAAAUCGUAGACGAUAAUAUUCUAGGCAAACGAGCGUUGAAAAUUAAUGCCCCAUCAAAUCAAUCAAUGAUCAUCACGUUCCCUAGUCCAGUGGAAUAUCAGGAAUGGUGUGAGAAAUUCUGCUCAGUAUUAACUCCAAGGUCACCGCAAACUCAUCAUCAUCAUCACAAUGCACCGUAUACUCCACAACAAGUGUCUAAAUCGGUAUCAUCAUUACCUAACACAAUGAUGAAGUCAUCACCAAUGAGUUCGGGAAAUAUUUCAUCGAGAACGCCAGUUCAGUCACCAGCGCCGGCGAAACACAAUAUACCACCUGUUGCAUGGUCGAAGGGAUGUCUUCGACCACAUUCACCCUUGCGGCCUCGUCAACAAGGCGCAUUGACAAAUCACUCUUCAACAACGACAUCUGGUACAAAUUUAAUCGGAUCACCAGUCCUUUCCGGAGGCGGUGGGAUGGGUAUCAAUGAUCCGUCUGGAGGUUCGAAUGAAACAGGAUCAAAUCGAACACUUCGACGUUUCAUGACCAUGAAAAAGUCCAAAGCGAAUGAGUUUCUCAAACGUGUGGAAACAAGUGAAGGCGAUUCACUUCUAUUGUCUGUCAUCGAAGCCUAUUGUGUCACGAAUACUAACAACGGGACUGCUAUUGCUGGUUUGAAUACUCUGAUCGCUAAAGCACGACAUUCAAUGUCAACAGCUGGAAUCACGAGUGCAGUUAGUAGUAAUGCUGACCAUCCAUUAUCGUUAGUCAGUGGUCAAUCAAAUGCCCAUUUAGAUCAUUCAAACAUUCCACUAUUACCUGCACAAUCGUCUAGCGUGACAAUACCAACUGAUAUAGAACGUCGUGCGUUGAUAGAUAUGAUGAACGAACUUCGCUUAGGAUUUAAAAGUCUCCAAUACGAACUAGAAGAAGAACGUCGAGCACGUCGACAGUUAGAAAGUCAGAUACAACGAUUAUUUCUUACUUCAACUGGAAAAUAA